CUGUCGCACUCGGCAUAGCUCCACCGUACGAUCACACGUACGCGCAUCCCAUUCCGGUCCAUCCCCCCUUUCACUGGACUGAACACCCGGCGAACGGUGGGACACGAGAAAAGCAGUCAGCGGCGAUUUGCUCUCAAACGGGACACGGUCUCUAUAUCGCCAAAAAGGGAGUAAGGUCUGCGACCCUGCGAUAAUUGAGCGUCGAGGUGGUGUGAGACCUCCGAUCAGGUUAACCAUGGCAGCUAUGGGACCAGGGGCAGCGGAGGAGGUCUCGUCUUCACAGCCCCCGUCCUGUCCCUCCACAGCCCAGUCAGGGGCUGGCAGGCCCCCCAGGUCGGAGCUCCAGGAGAGUCUGGUGUACAUGCAGUGCUGUGGGCAGGACAGCUCCAGAGGGAUGCCCAGUACCGGCCCAGCGGACAAUCAUCAGGGACCUGUCUUCUUCCCCCAGAGGAGGACAGAGGGGGGCUGGGCCAACCCCCCUGCGCCAAUGCAGACUACAACUCCCAUAAUGCCCAGCUUUCGGAGUCCAGAGUCAGUGGAGAUGGAUGAGAUCAUGGCCGCCAUGGUUCUGACCAGCUUGUCCUGCAGUCCUGUUGUCCAGAGUCUUCCCCAGACAGACCCCACCCAUGGGCCAGCUAGGCCCCCGGGGGACAUGGAGUGCGCCGGCGGCGAACUGUCUGACAGCGGCAGCAGCGGCUACUGGAGCUGGGACCAUGGUAACGUCAGUCCCGCCCCCUCCCCGUCCGUCACAGAGAUGGACAGCAGCCCAGACGAAGGGCUGCACAUGGAGCCAGAGCAGUGGGAGGAGCUAACCGGCAGGAAGUCAAAGGUGGGAACAGUGCAGUGGGAGGAGCUAACCGGCAGGAAGUCAAAGAGCUCCUCCAGAGGGGCCUACAGGUGCUUGUGGCCAGGCUGUGGGAAGGUGCUCACCUCCUCGGUCGGGAUGAAGAGACACGUCAGGGUGCUGCACCUGGGAAGUGGAUCGGAGCACUCGCAGAGAGAGGAAGACUUCUACUACACUAAGUUCUCUAGUGAAGUGUCAGUGGACACUGGCCCAGUACCCCAGACCCCCCACACCCCCUGGGCCUCCUGUGGCUCUCCUCCCUCCUCAGACCUGCAGAUCCCCCCAGAACCCAGACCCAGGUCCAACUCCGGCCCGCUCCAGCCCAGCUCGCUCAGCCGUUCUGCCCCCAGCGGCUUCUGGCAGAUCCACACUGAGCACCUUUAUCAGGCCUGCUCUCCUGUCCAGUUGACGGUGGCCUCCCAGACCCCCGCCUCCCAGUGCUGGACUCCCCCCAUCUCGGUGUGUGGCCAUACAAAUGCUCAGACGGUGCGACCUCGCUGCAGGUCUGUCAGUGUGGGAGAGCAGUGGCUGCAGCAGAACAGCACCACCAGCAGGCUUCAGACCAUGACUUCAUCCCCCUCCCGCGCUCACUGCUCCUUCAGUAGGAAGGGACGGGGAGAGGCCAAGAAAUGCCGUAAGGUUUACGGUGUGGAGCGCAAAGACCAAUGGUGCACUGCCUGUCGCUGGAAAAAAGCAUGCCAGCGCUUCCCUGACUAAGUGUGUUUAUGUGUGUGUGUGUGUGUGUGUGUGUGUGUGUGUGUUUGUGUGUGUGUGAGAGAGAGAAAGUGAAAGAGAGAGGGAGGGCUGAUUGGAAAAGAGGUACUAUAAAAGAAAAGAUACAUCAGGGCUUGAUUCCAUCAAGACAAACAACAGCUACGCUUUCUUCCUUAUUUCAAUCAGUUGUGUUUUUCGUUUUUCACUUCCUUUACCAAGAAAUACGUGGAGUGAUUCUGUGCACCUUGACUUCAGAUGUUUGCAGUGGUGCUAGUUGUUAAGACUGUCAUGUGGUAGACUUGCUCUUUCCCCUCCGUAAAGGACCCGUCCUCUCAACCCUCCACAACCAUGUUGUAGAAGACUCUCUGAACAUCUUCCAACUCUUCCACCCAUGGCAACUACAAUACUUAAUGAAUACUUCUAUAUUGUGUGCUAUGAAUUCCUCAUGAGUAUUUUGUAUCUUUUUUUUUUCUUUCAUUACUUGUUUUUCUUGGUCCACCUAAAGGGGUAGAUGACCUCCUCUUGAUGUUUUUCAGGCACUUUGUUUAAAUGUAUUUGUCAAGAAUAAGCUACUUUCUGUUUGACUCGUAAUCUCUCUAAAAUUCAACCUGUACAUCCUUCUUCCCCUUGUUGGAAACAGUAUUCUGCUCUGGUCUGUAAACUAUCGGUCCUGCUCAUGGGAACUGGCCAUGUUAGGAGAUUGAAUUUGUUAACAGCAUUCUAAUAAAAAAAUAUUUAAAACAUAAAUAAAUCAC